AAAUGGAAGCAGCUGUCUCGACUGCAGCGAAGUGUCAUUCUCUUCCUGUUUGCCGCCCUGGCAGUCUGUGGAGUCAUCUCGUACACAAGCCUGGGGGAGCCGUGGAAAAGUCUAACAAACAAAUCUUCGGAUGAUCAGAGAACAGAACCAGAAAUCCCUGGGUUAAAGCUGGCCAAUCCAGCCGUUUUGCCAGCGCCACAGAAAGCAGAUGCCAACCGUGGAGACUACCCAGAGCUUUCACCACAGAAACCUCCCAAACCGCCUCAUGUUCGGCGUGGUCCUUCCAAUCUUCAAAUCCGGCCGCCACGGAGGGACAUGAGGCUGAAGACCCGACACGAUACGAGCAGGGGUCCUGAAGAGCCGGUCCAGACUGAUAAAGAAGACAAAACAGAGAAAUCUGUUAUCAGCUGGAGAGGAGCAGUGAUAGAACCUGACCAAAGCACUGAGCCUCCAUCUAGUAAAAUAAGGGAACCAGAGAAACCUUCAUCUGUGGAAGCUGAAGACCAGAAGGAGCCAGUGCCCAUCAACGAGCGGCAGCGGGCGGUGAUCGAAGCCUUCCGCCAUGCCUGGAGGGGCUACAGGGAUUUCGCCUGGGGCCACGACGAGCUGAAGCCUCUGUCCAGGUCCUACAGCGAGUGGUUUGGCCUUGGCCUUACCUUAAUCGACGCCUUGGACACCAUGUGGAUUUUAGGCUUAAAAGACGAGUUUGAAGAAGCAAGACAAUGGGUAGCCAGCGAUUUAGUAUUUGAUAAAAAUGUGGAUGUGAACCUCUUUGAGAGCACUAUUCGGAUCCUGGGGGGCUUGCUGAGCACCUACCACCUCUCUGGAGACAGCCUCUUCCUGGAAAAAGCUAGAGACAUUGGGAACAGGCUUAUGCCAGCGUUCAAGACUCCCUCCAAGAUCCCCUAUUCUGAUGUCAACAUCGGCCGGGGCACCGCACAUCCCCCUCGCUGGACGUCCGACAGCACGGUGGCAGAGGUGACCAGUAUCCAGCUGGAGUUUAGGGAGCUCUCUCGUCUCACCGGAGAUGAGAAGUUCCAGAAAGCUGUAGAUGAGGUGAUGAAGCACGUUCACACGCUCUCAGGGAAGAACGACGGACUAGUGCCCAUGUUCAUAAACACCAACAGCGGGCAGUUCACGCACUUGGGUGUCUAUACUCUGGGAGCCCGAGCUGACAGCUACUACGAGUAUUUGCUCAAGCAAUGGAUUCAGGGUGGAAAAAAAGAAAACGAACUGUUGGAAGACUAUAUGAGAGCCAUAGAAGGCGUGAAAAAGCAUCUUCUUCAGAGAUCACAACCCAAGAGGCUGACUUUUGUGGGAGAGCUUGCUCACGGCCAUUUCAGUGCCAAGAUGGACCACUUGGUUUGCUUUUUGCCGGGUACCUUGGCGCUGGGAGCUCACAACGGGCUGACUGCCGAUCACAUGGAACUGGCCGAAGCCCUGAUAGAAACCUGCUACCAGAUGUACGCUCAGGUCGAGACGGGCCUGAGCCCAGAGAUCGUCCACUUCAAUCUUCAGGCACAAAAGGGCCACAAAGAUGUGGAAAUCAAGCCUGCAGACAGGCACAACUUACUUCGACCAGAAACUGUGGAAAGCCUUUUUUAUAUGUACAGAUUCACCGGUGAUAAGAAAUACCAAGACUGGGGCUGGGAAAUCUUGCAGAACUUCAAUAAAUACACACGGGUUCCUACAGGUGGUUAUACUUCCAUUAACAACGUCCAGAAUCCCAGGAAUCCAGAGCCACGAGAUAAGAUGGAGAGCUUCUUCCUUGGGGAAACACUGAAAUACAUGUUUCUGCUGUUUUCAGAUGACAUAGACUUAAUCAACCUUGACAAAUACGUAUUUAACACAGAAGCUCAUCCGCUCCCUAUCUGGGUGCCGGCAUAGGCUGCGUGUCCGUAGACCUUCCUGUGGCGGCAUUUUGAACUUCAAGUCACUUUAUUUUUCAGGGUUUGAAGAGAGAUGCUCUGUUGCACCUUUUUUUUGGCGUAGAACAAACAAGCAAAACCUUUGGGAAGGCGUCUCUAGUUUGGGGAAGUCGUUGCAGUCUUAAACCUCAUCCCUUGUCCUGGGAUAGCCGAGCUGUGCCAAUUGGAGCUGGUUUUCCUGGUGUUGGUGGUGAGGUUCAGAGGAUAAUUGUAGCGUGGACCACGACA